AUGGUGGUUAUUCAUGGCCUUCAAGCUUUCAUCGCUCCAUUUUCUUGCGACGUGGAGAGGAUGACCUCGCUCUCGUUCCCGUUCCAUCCAGAUCAUCGUUCUGGUCAACAUAUUAAUACUUCCGGCUCGGUGCAGCCUGCUAUCAUGCGCCUGAUGCUCAGAGAUGCCAUGCUCCGUAACAAUGGCUUCAGCAUCCUAGCCCUCCCUAGAAAGGUGAAGUACGCCGAGCUUGUGACUCUUAACAAUAUGACGGUCUUCGCCGUUGACGACCUUUCGAUCUUCUCCGGUUCUCACUCUUAUAUCAGCAACGUCAGGUUCCACAUUGUGCCAAACCAAACCAUUUCUUGUGGAUCGCGGAUCUGGAGAAGCUUCCGGCGGGGACUGUUCUGCCGACAUUGGAACGAGGCCAACCGCUGCUUAUCACAACCUCCGGUGCCGAUGAGGAUUAAGGUGCCGGACGUCAUCCGCAACGUCAAGAUCGUGGUGCACAGUGUGUACUUGCCAUUUCCACAUAUAUAUAUUAAUCCUGUGGCUGCGGCUUACGACAGUAUCCUAGGAGGAUCAGAAGUCUCAGGAGGAGAUCAGACGAUGGAAGGAACGUGUGCUGCUCCGGGUGGGCAUGGAGGUUGUGGUGAGUCCCCGAUGCCUCAGGUCAAGCCAAUGGUGGAGAUCGAGGAUCACCAUGGCCUGUAA